UUGAAGGGAGGGAGCGAGCUGUAAUGGAGAAGCAGUCUUCUUCGGGUACUCUUGCCCGCACUGGCGGCACUACUAGCAAACCGAGCCCUGAAAGAGUUUUUUUUAUUGUCGACCGCUCCAGACUGAAGGAAGAGACGGAUGAAUUCAAAGAUGCGGUUGUAGUUUAUGUACCUGAUGGAGACCUGAAAAAACCAAAUCUAGAGCAGAGGUGUUCACAGCUGAUCGGGAUAUCAAUUUUGAUACUUAACUUUACUAAUAAGAUGCCGAAAUUCAUUCAACUCAGAUCUAACGGAUUCGCAAUACGCUCCUUAGGAGACACAACAUUUAUUAUGGGAUUACAGAGCAAGUUUGAUGAGCCAAAGAGCAGCGUUAUGAACUACUUGGACAGGAUUCACGACUUUUUCAUGUUUUCUUAUUUCUCGGCAAAUAAAGUUAUGGAGAUGUCGCAAGGAGACUGGGAGAUAUUCACUAUUCAAAUGACGGCUAUUUUUCAAUCAGUGAUGGACUUUACUUUCCGUCAGAGCCACAGUCUUCCCUCCAUGUUUAGUCCAUUGCCAUACAUCUCACUGGACACUGAAAGGGGUGGGACUAGAUUAUUUCUACAAGCCCAUAGACUAUUGAAGAAGAUCCAGCUAAAGAAAAGCGUGAUUGGCGGUUGCAUAUUCUACAAUAGGGAGCUCCUAUGCAGUCAACUGCCACCGGCUAUUGCAGAGAAACUAUUAUUUGUUUCUAAUGGAGGAGUCGAUUUGAAUCGUAGGUCAAUAUUAGAUGAUGGGGAGACCCCAGAGUCUGUUUGGGUCAUUGAAGUAUACCUGUCUCCAGAGGAACUAGCAGACCUCGCUCAAAUUAAACGGACUCACCAAGAACUCUCUUCCUUCUACUCUAGUUUAACGUCCGACCCUGAUAUCGCAGCGUCAGUUUUUCGGCACGAGAGAGUCACGAACAACGAUCAAAAGAAAUCUGAGAUUGCUCCACUCUACAGAGCUGAUUCGGGUGGAUCGGCUGAUUUCGUUACCAUCAGCUACGGCAAGGACUCUGUUUCCUUUUCUCAUCAGAUUGGGAUCUCUCCUCUUAAACGACCGAAAGCAAACCGUGGUCUUUCCCACAGCCAAGAAGACGAUUACAGCGAGAUCCUCCCCACUCAAUCUCUUCCAGUUAAAAUGGACGAAGCACCUCCCCCCCUGCCCCCUAAACCCGGCCCCCCGCCAGUCCCCACUAGGAACUCUGUUAAAUUAAGACCGGUCCCCCCUCCUCGUACUAUAUCAGUGAAAAGACAGCAGGACGCUACUGAUGAUUCUGAUACUAGCAUAGUUACCCAGUCAGUGCCUGUGUCUACCCCAAUAAGCAAUGGGAAGCAGUGGCUUUAUGGUACACUCCCUGAUGUAUUGUCCGAAGACACUCCCGUCUCUCCUGGAGUUUAUGGAACACCCUCCUCUGGUUUUAUGACGACUGUAGAGGAUCGAGCUGAUGAUAGUCACGAUUCCGAUGCUAGUGAUGGAUUUGGCACUCCCCCGUCGACCUCUCCUGUUCAUAACGAUCAUUCUCUAUCCACUUCAGAUACACUGACAGUCUCGCAACCUUUUCUCACGCCUUUAGUGACAUCUUUAGUUGAAAACCCGAGCACCGGUAGUACGGAAGAGCCUUCAGACAAGCCAAAAGUCGAUAUUUAUGCUACUCUUGAUAGAUCGGAUGAGUUGAACGUUAGCAAUGACUCACAGAAUAGUCAUAACGAGAGCACAGAUCCUGUCUUAGAAGAUAAACAAGGACGGAAUCCUAAAAUUAGUAAUUCCAGCCUCCUUUCAAACACGAGCAGUCUAGUCAUUACGAAAGCUAUAUCAGAGCCUUCUCUUAAUUCAGAAUUAAAUGCACAUACACAUGUACCUGAUGGAUCACCUGAUAAAGGUGAUCACGAAUCAUCUCUUGAUGAUGAUCAUCAUCAAAUUGAUGAGACUCACAGCUUACAGAGUGCCUCACCGAAUCACGAUGUGAAUGAGUCAAACAGUGAAUUCGAGGACCAAAUUGGCGAGAUGGACUUGAACUUUCCCUCAAAUAAAAUGCGGCCCAGAGCUGAGAGUUGGGUGAAAACUUUCACUGGAGUAGUUGAAGAUGAAGCAAGUAUGGCAAAACGUGCUUCUGCUUUGGUUAGGAAGACAGUAUACAUUCAAAAGUGUGUCAAUACAGUUCUAGUGGUUGUUACUCAUACUGAUCUACCAGAGGAUCAUAACUUAGUCAGAUCACUUUGGAAGAACACACUGACCCACUUGCUAUGCAUAAAUAACACAGUCCAAUCAUGUGUAUUGGAGAAAGACUCGUUAUAUGUUGCGGGAGACUCUGUAAAAUCUGACGGUCCUAAAACCUACCAAGCAAUGUACAGUGGUCUGACUGGGAAUUGUGAAGUUUCUUCAUCGACUGCACCAUAUCAGUUCAGGCAUGCUGUAAGAAGAGCACAUCAGGAAUACAUCUCUGAUCCUUCUUUAAGACAGCUAUCACUCUGUAAGGAAUACUGCAGAAUGUUCUGUCAGAACACUAUGGGCAGGGAGAGUUAUCUACACACGACUAGGACCGUUCCAAAUGAUUCUUUUGUGAUACAUGCCAUGCUUGAAAGGCAGGCAAAGAGCAUGCGCAAGCAUCACGAACAGCAUAGCACUGAUUUUAAUGAUGCACCAAAUCUCUCGUUUUUGUGAUGAUUACUAUAAUUUUUAAAUGCA